CAGUGUCAGCGAGUUAAAUAGUAAAUAGGUUAUAUUUCUAUUAUAAACAAUUCACGUAGAUAGAUUUCUUAUUGAAUCAUUACAUUUAUAUAUACAGGCACAGUGAAAUCUGAAAUCAUGAAAAAAGAAGAAGUACAAGAAAUUUUCCUUAAAAUUCUAAGAGAAGAAGAGGAUGUCUCUGCAGGCGUGGCAGCAAUUAGAACACUACUCACAGUUAUAGAAAACUACAAAGUGGCAACUGUAAGAGAGCUGGACCUGAACCUGCAGCUCGCAGUUGAUGCAAUGCGUCACUGUGACCAGCCGGUAGCAGCCAUAUCCUCUGGCUGCGAACUCUUCAUGAGAUUCAUCACAUUUGCUAAACUUGAUGUCAAGUCAUUUGAAGAAUGUGAACAAAUUAUGUUGCAAAGAGGUCAUAUAUUUUUGAGAACAUUACUUGAAGCAAGAGGAAAAGUGGCCAAACAAGCUUUACCUUUUAUUAGCGAUGGCUGUAAAAUUCUAACACAUUCCAGAUCAAGAGUAGUGCUUCAAGCCAUGUUGGAGGCAGCAAAAGCUAACAAAAGAUUUCAUGUUUAUGUCACAAUGUCCGGACCUGAUAAUAGCGGAGUUUUAAUGCACAAACAACUGGUAGCGGGCGGUGUGGACGCGACGCUGAUCUUAGACGCAGCCAUCGGCUAUAUCUUGGAGCAAGUUGAUAUUGUCAUGUUGGGUGCAGAGGGUGUCACUGAGAGUGGUGGCAUUAUUAACAAGAUUGGUACUUACAGUUUAGCGAUGUCUGCAUUAGAGCUGAAGAAACCGGUCCACGUUUUAACAGAGAGUUUUAAAUUCUCCAGAAUAUAUCCUCUGAACCAGCUCGACUUGCCAAAUGAAUUCAAAUAUCUAUCAAGUGUUUUGAAGAACAACAAAGAUCUGUCUAAGGAACAUCCCUUAGUUGACUACACCCCUCCGGCAUAUAUCACUUUGUUGUUUACUGACUUGGGAAUACUAAAUCCAUCAGCUGUUAGUGAUGAACUGAUUAAAUUGUAUCUAUAAGAGGAUCUUUUAUAUAGAAAUAAAUGUUUAUAUGUUUAA